AUGAAGUCGUUCAUCGCCUUCACACUGCCGCUUCUGGCGGCCGCGAGCCCGGUGCUCCACGAACAGAGCAUCCACGGCGAUGCAGCUCCCAUCAUCUCUUCGGCCAACGCAAAGGAGAUUCCCGACAGCUACAUCAUCAAGUUCAAGAAGCAUGUCACGACACAGCUCGCCGCCGACCACCACGACUGGGUCAAGGACAUCCACUUGGGCGUUCAAUCGCGCAAGACCGAGCUCAAGAAGAGGAGUCAGAUACCAAUGGUCGAUGACAUCUUCCACGGCCUGAAGCACACAUACAACAUCGCCGGCUCGUAUCUUGGAUACUCUGGCCACUUCGAUGAGGAUGUGAUCGAGCAGAUUCGCCGUCACCCCGAUGUCGAGAUGAUCGAGCGCGACCAGGAGGUCCACACCCUUGGCCACUCCGACGAAGGAGAGCUGGAGAAGAACGCUCCAUGGGGUCUUGCCCGUAUCUCUCACCGUGACAGCUUGUCCUUUGGCAGCUUCAACAAGUACCUGUACUCCGCCGACGGUGGUGAGGGCGUUGAUGUCUACGUUAUCGACACUGGUACCAACACCGAGCACGUCGACUUCGAGGGCCGUGCUGAGUGGGGCAAGACCAUUCCCAGCGGCGAUGCUGAUGAGGAUGGUAACGGUCACGGCACUCACUGCUCCGGCACAGUUGCUGGUAAGAAGUACGGUGUUGCAAAGAAGGCCCACAUCAAGGCUGUCAAGGUGCUGCGCUCCAACGGCUCUGGCUCCAUGUCCGAUGUCGUCAAGGGUGUCGAGUACGCUGCCAACGCACACAACGAGCAGGUCUCAGUCGCAAAGAAGGGCAAGCGCAAGGGUUUCAAGGGCUCUGCUGCCAACAUGAGCUUGGGCGGUGGCAAGUCUCCACUUCUCGACCAGGCCGUCAACGCUGCUGUCGACGCUGGCAUUCACUUCGCCGUUGCUGCAGGUAACGAUAACGCCGACUCCUGCAACUACUCACCAGCAGCUGCCGACCAGGCCGUAACCGUUGGUGCCAGCACUCUCGCAGAUGAGCGUGCUUACUUCUCCAACUACGGCAAGUGCAACGACAUCUUUGCCCCAGGUCUCAACAUCCAGUCCACUUGGAUCGGCAGCAAGUACGCCAUCAAUACCAUUUCCGGUACCUCGAUGGCUUCCCCACACAUCGCCGGUCUCCUCGCAUACUACCUGUCUCUUCAGCCAGCCAAAGACUCCGCUUACGCUGUUGCCGAGAUCACCCCCAAGCAGCUCAAGAAGAACUUGAUUGCUGUUGCCACCGAGGGCGCACUUACUGAUGUUCCAUCCAACACUGCCAACAUCCUUGCCUGGAACGGUGGAGGUAGCUCCAGCUACUCUGACAUUGUCGACAAGGGCAGCUACAAGGUCGACAACAAGGCCGCCCUCCCAGUCGAGAACCUGAAGGAGAAGGCCAAGGAGGUCGUCGAGUCCUUUGAGGAGCUCGAGGAGAAGCUCAUGAAGGACGUCAAGGACUUCAUCCGUGAGAUCAAGAACGCGUAA